UUGUGAUUCAGUUGUUCAAUGUCAAAAACCUCUUUGUCAUUGAUCCUGUCGUAAAUUCCACUUUGUCAUUCUCAGUUUCAACCAUAAACAUAAAAAUCAACCUGAGGUAAAUCAUUUGAAACACUUCAAGUGUUGAAGUUUCAUUUCAUCGCAAUAGAUGGUUUGAAAAUGGAGCAGGAGAUCGGGCCAGCUGUGUCGGUGUCAGAGACAAACAUAACUCAUUCCGCUGUGCAAGACUUGAGCGUGAAUAACGCUGCAGAAGUUUCCGUGACAGCAGAACGUUCAGAUAUUGCACAUGUAGACGAAGCAUCUGUGAUAGCAGAACAGGCGACUGUGACAGCAAGAGAUGCCGUCAUUUCUGCGGAACAAUGCCACAUCGCGAGUAACGAGACAAGUUUGCAAGCUGAGGAGGUUUCUGUUUCCACUGAGCAAGCAAACGUUACGACAGGAGAGGCAAUUAUCUCUGCAAAUGUACAUCAACAAACCAACAUUAAUGAAACCAGCAUUACCGGGGCUGCGGUUCAAGAUAUGAGCAUAGAAAGUGCGAAAGAUGUUUCGGUGAUCUCCGAACAUACAGAAAUAGCGUCGCAAAAGGCAACUGUCCAAACAGUAGAAGCAAAUGUUUCGGCAACCGAAGCUCACAUCUCGGCAGAGACUUUGCAACAAACCAACAUAACUGAAACCAGCAUUACCGGGGCUGCUGUUCAAGAUAUGAGCAUAGAAAGUGCAAAAGAUGUUUCGGUGAUCUCUGAACAUACAGAAAUAGUCUCACAAAAGGCAACUGUUCAAACAGUAGAGGCAACUCUCUCUGCAGCAGAAGCAUAUAUAUCUGCAGAAACUUUGCAACAAACCAACAUAACUGAAACCAGCAUUAUCGGGGCUACUGUUCAAGAUAUGAGCAUAGAAAAUGCAAAAGAAGUUUCGGUGAUCUCUGAACAUACAGAAAUAGCGUCGCAAAAGGCAACUGUUCAAACAGUAGAGGCAAAUGUGUCGGCAACAGAAGCUCAUAUCUCUGCAGAGACUUUACAGCAAACCAACAUAACUGAAACCAGCAUUACCGGUGCUGCUAUUCAGAUAUAG